GCGGCCCGCGGUGAGGUCGCUGCUGCUGGUUGUGGCGGUCGAAGCCGCUCAAAAGACAUGUGGAAGACUCGCUAAUGUCCUCCGGAGAGACUUUACUCAGAGGGAGCCGCCUUUUGCUGUUGGAAUCCCCCCUUUGUCUUCCAGUCCGGGCUGACGUGUGUGUUUACUCGGAGCGGAAUUGCACAUCUCCGGACAAGCUGAGGAAAGAUGGCGUAUCACUCCUCCUCCCGGAGCUCUUCUCGAGCCCCAGACUGUAAAGUGUACGUGGGUGAUCUGGGUAACGGAGCGGCCAAGGGUGAGCUGGAGCGUGCGUUCAGUUACUACGGCCCUCUGAGGAGCGUCUGGGUCGCCAGGAACCCACCUGGAUUUGCUUUCGUGGAGUUUGAGGACCCCAGAGAUGCAGAAGAUGCUGUGAAGGGCAUGGAUGGAAAGGUCCUCUGUGGUUCUCGAGUUCGUGUGGAGAUGUCGACAGGCCUCUCCAGGAAAGGCCGCGGGCGCCCCAGCCGCCGCCAGUUUGACCCCAAUGACCGCUGCUAUCAGUGUGGAGACCGGGGCCACUACGCCUACGACUGCUACCGCUUCAGCAAGAGAGGCCGGCGCAGCAGCAGAUCUCGCUCUCGUUCGCGCUCUCGCUCCAGGUCCAGGUCCCGGUCCCGGUCUCGGUCCCGUGGGCGCCGCUACCGCUCUCGGUCCCGCAGUCGUAGCCGCAGCAGGAGCCGACGCAGGUCUCCGUCUUAUUCCAGACGCAGGAGCAGGUCUGGUUCUCCAAAUCGCUCCAAGUCCAGGACUCCAGCCAGGAGUCGUUCCAGGUCUCGGUCGCGGUCUGGCUCCGCACCCCGGGGGCGCUCUUACUCCCGGUCACGCUCACGAUCUGCCUCAACCAACCACAAGAGGAAGAGUUAGAAAGAGGUGGUCCAGCUGCUAAGUAGAUCUUGGAAGUGACUGGGAGAGUCAUGCUGCCUCCGCCCGAACCCACCCACCCACCGACCGACCGCCCGCCCGGCCGGCCGCCAGCCGCACGACGCUGAGAUGGACGACCUCCGAGACCCUCCUGCCUGCUCAGCACAGACAUCUCCUGAGGACGGGGUGGGCUACAGGGCAGGGAGCAGCACCCUCAGGCUGAUGUAGGAGAGGAGAAGUAGAUGUCAGGUUGCAGCUCUUUCCUGUGCUUUCUGUUCUGCGCCGUGACCGGGAGCCUCUGCAGUCCCAGGCCGCCCCGAAAAGAGAGCACAGGAAAGACCACCUCAGCUCAGCCUGCAAACUAGAACUAAAACUUAGAUCAGCUGGAGCUUUGUAUGUAAAUCCUGUGUUCAGGCUGACGCAGAGACUGUUUCUAUAUGUAAAGAUGGUCAGACAAUUUUAAAUGUUUUCACUUCUGAAAUCUGACUUCCCUGUCCUGAAUUUGGCUAAAACAGUGCUAUUUGAGAUCAGACUAAACACCUUUGGUGAGCAUCUGUGCAGCAGUUUUGUUUAUUUUUCAUAUUUUCUUUAAAGCGUGUGGUGGGAGCUGAGCACUGCACUGACACCGCAGCUGAUCCCAGGCCCAGGGUCUGCCAGCUGGCGGUGUGUACGUCCUGCGGGAGGGUGACUAAGCCAGAAAGAGGUCGACCUACCGACCGAACCCUCCCCACAGUGACUGGGCGGCUGUCUGUUCAACCGACGCACACGCUCAGACGAGAUCAGCCCGCGCACACACACAGUUGUUCUACUAGAACCAGCCAGCCAGCCAGCCAGCCAGCAGACGUACCCGAGGGCCGACCCACACAGAUCAGAGUUCGGCCUCUUAAAAUCCUUUACCUACCUACCAGAACCCCUACCUACCUACCAGCGCUCGUCGACCACUGUCUUAGCUUCUGAAAGUGAAAGAGCUGACGAGAGAUCAGUCUUCAAGAGCCUCCCAGCGCAGUGUCUCUGCAAGUUGUAGUCAUCCGUCCUUCAGUCCUUUCAUCCUUCGCUUCUCUGUACUUGUUGUUUCUGCCACUGUCUCCAAAGGUAACCAAAAAUCAACCCCCUGACAAGCUAAUGUUGAUGGUGAAAAGCACAUUUACAAACUUGAUAUGUGAUUGUUGGUGACUGUAAAGCUAAAGUUGAGGCUUUAACGAGCAUGUUCAGAGUACAAGUGAUGUGUGGCUGCAUGAGUGUGUGAGAGAAUGAGCGAGUGAAACUGUAGAGAUGUUAAGGGGCUGAUAUGAGGAAGCAGAUACAUUAUUUUCUUCUUGUCUCACAUGUUGCCACAUCAUUAUCAUUUAAAUCUGCUUUUCACUGUUUGUAGUUGUACAUUUUUCAGAGCAGAAACAAAGCUAACGAUUACUUUUCAUUAGUUUGAAAGAAUGUUUGUUUGUUUGUUUGUUUGUUUGCCACGUGGGGUUCAAUAGAGUGCAGCAGGAAUGAGUCCUAAAAGCUCAAAGUAAUACGUUUGUAUUGUAGUCUUCAGCAUUUAAAGCAUAAAAUGAAUCUCUAGAAAACGAGCCAGUAAGUACCAAACACUGGAAUUAGAGCUUUCUCUACAGCAGCUUCCGCUUAUAUUUGGAACAGCUUGAAUACAAAUGAAUCGAUACUAAAACGAGGUGACAGUCAUAAACCCCAGACUAAUUGGGUAGCGGAGAGAGAAAAUAACAGGACAUAGAAAGAUAAAGUAGUAAUAAAAACCAUUGGUGCAAACUUAAAAGAACAAACAAGCUCUACUGCCACAUCCUGAAGGAAGGGAGUCCUUCACACACACAAGCUAGUCUAAGAGAAAUCUGGUUUGGAGAAUUUUCAGUUUUUGUUCCUAGGUGUGAUCAAAAGUCUCAGGACUGCACCGACCGGAGGGGAAGAAGUAUCGGUGGAGCUGUCGUCCUGUGCCGAGAUCCAUCAGCGAUACUCGGUUUAUCUUCCAUGUCGUCAGAAUGACGUCGCUUCAGCUUGAACUUCAUGUUGAGGAAGAGGAAAACGUCUUAAGGAGCCAAAUCCAGUGAGGCAGAAGGACAAGGUGGUUCCAGAAGAAACACUGACGAUGCCGUAGUCUUCCCGAUGAAGGUUCUACGAUCCAGAUCUCUGCUGCAGGGACGUCGUUUGACACUGGAAGAAACUGAGUGUUUGACAGAGUUAAAAACUUCCACCAAGCCAUGUGUCUUUACACAGGGAGACAGCUAUUUGAAAUAAAACAUGGCGGCAGAACUUUGGUGCAGUCGCAGAACGUUUGAAUCACAUUUUCAGUUAAUAUAAGCACAAACCUGAAAUAGAAAAGACGUCGUUUCAAGAAGUAGUUUUUCAGAAACACGUGGUUCCUGAGGGCAGAUCUUCAGCCGAGACUCUGUUUUCAGUCCUUCAGACUGACGGAGUGCGGCCGGCGCUCUGCCUCCAGACUGACCUGCAGGAGGACGUCGGCCCUGCUGCACCGUGUUGAACAUCCACGAGGCGUGGCAGACGUGUCCAGUUGCUGAUUAUCGGCACCCGUCUGCUUUAGAGGCUGCUCAGUGUUGAAGUGUUGAUGUUCCUGCUCUCUUCCAUCCUCCCCUGCAGCCUCCUAAUCCCGCCCCCUUUCUGUUUCAGUCGUUCCCGUUCAAGUCCAAACCGGAGCCCAACACCAGCGGACGACUGAGUGAAGAAAAGUAUUAGUUCCCCCUCCCCUCCCCCCCCCCCCCCCCCCCCCCUCCCCCAGCCCCCUCUGCUCUCUCAGCCCUGCAGCAGCUGAUUUCUCGGUGUGUCUGUCUGCUCUCAGUCUCACAGGUUUCCUUUUCUCUCCGUGCAGCUCAGACUUGUCUCGUUCAGUGGAGAUGAACUUCCCAACGUUGAAGCUGUGGUUUUGAGCAGCUCACACAGCUGGAUCGAGACAGCUGAGCUCAGAGUUUAAGGUUUUAAACUUUGAGAGUUGGAUAAAUUUUGUCUUUUUUUUUUUUUUUUUUUUUGCACACCGAUAUGCUUGAGUUUACACUCGGCUGCGUCUCCACUCCUGCCAGGGAGGAGAUGGUUGUAGGUCUGCAUGCCUUUCAAUACCGUGUCACAUUCCUGCUGUUUUACAAACCCGAGUGUGGCUGUGUGGAGAGCAGAUUCUCCCCAAUUUUGAUCUAUGAUUUAUUCCUGUGACUUGAUUUUAAAUGUAAACAGUGCUUGAGUUUGAUUUCUGUGAGGGUUUAAUACUUUCUUGGUGUUCCUGGCUUCUACGGUAAGACAGUGGCAGUUUUAUUUUUGAAUAAACUUCUUCAAUGUGCCUCA